AUGACCUUGGAGGAGAGAUCUCGUCUUCUGCUGGAUGAGUUAUUCAACGAGAGAAAUAAUGCCAACAUAGAUCUCUUGUUGAGGAGGGAAAUAGACGAACUGCUGGGUAUUCCGCCUCUUCUUGUGGUCAGCUCGUUUGGUCACUUGGUGGGAUUGAAAGCGCUAAUAGCAGCAGGAGCGGACGUUAACACUCGCAGCAAAACGGAUGGGAGCUCCGCGCUCAUUCACGCUGUUAAAUGUGGCAACCCGACAGUUAUGCAGGAACUUUUGCAACAUGGUGCCGAUCCUUCAUUUGAAGAUAACGAAGGCAUGAACCCCCUCAUGGUGGCAGUAAUGAAGAAAGACUCGGGGCCGGUGAACGUUCUGUGGCAGUACAAACACAAACUGGAUAUCAACCGAUCUAAUAAGAACGGCUACACAUUGUUGAUGAUCGCCGCAGACAAGAACUGGGAGAGCUGUGUCAACAUGCUGAUAUCCGCGGGCGCCGACAAACACAAGCAGGCCAACUGCAAAAAUUUAACAUCUGUGUUGAUUGGACGAAAAAAGUUCUGCAAUGAAUAUCACUUGCAAUGA